AGUAUUUGAGGCGCCUUCCCUUGCAGAGACAGAAUCAUUCUGAUUUUGGACGGACUGGUAAGGACUUCUAAGGGAAGAGGCAGCAUUAAACAAAUAAACACUCGUAACUGCUUGCUGGCAUAGAAGUGCCACAGCGGCCACCAACCUGUGCUACCCACAGCCACCAGUGUCCAGACACUAGUGUCCCAUCUAAUCAUUAUGGCUUCAGAAUUGCCGCUGAAGAUGCUGACUGUUCAAAUGCUGCUGAUGAUGAUGAUUCCUGCAAUUCCAGUUUUAAGAGGGGAGGCCACAGAUCUACCAGAAAACCCACACGAUACAGACAGCCUCCCCUCCCAGCAGAAUGGACGCCACGUCCUACAGAAAGCAGUUGAGAUUCGACACUGUUUGGUGAACUCUGGAGAAAUUGGAUGCGGAGUUUUUGAAUGUUUUGAAAACAACUCAUGUGAGAUACGUGGUCUACAUGAGAUUUGCAUGACAUUCCUUCAUAAUGCAGGGAAGUUUGAUUCUCAGGGCAAGUCAUUCAUUAAAGAUGCUUUGAAGUGCAAAGCCCAUGCUUUAAGGCAUAAAUUUAGCUGCAUAAGCCUUAAGUGUUCUACCAUCAAAUAUAUGGUGUUUCAGCUCCAAAGGGAGUGUUAUCAAAAGCAUGAUCUUUGUUCUGUAGCCAAAGAAAAUAUCCAGGUGAUUGUGGAUAUGAUACAUUUUAAAUACCUCUUCCCACAUGGGCCUUAUGUUGAGUUAGUAAACAUUCUUUUGGCUUGUGGAGAAGGUGUUAAGGAAGCUAUCACAAAAACUAUGCGAAUGCAGUGUGAACAAAACUGGGGAGCUUUAUGUGACAGCCUCAGUUUUUGCAACGUAGAUCACGGUGCAUCAAUGACACCCUCUCCUGACAAGAAGCAUGGGAAUGCCAACAAAGGCAUUGGAAGCCAUGGAGAUGUAGCAGCCCAGCUAGAAAAUGACAGGGAAAAUGCCAGAAUCUCAAAAUCAGAGAAAGAAAAGAGUGGCAAACCCCACUUAAAUGCUCACACUCGUGUCCGAGCUCCUGCACAAGCUUCAAAACGUAUAACUACAGACACAGAAAGUGCUACCAAUGAGGAUGCAGAUGGUGCAGAUGGCAAAAGGUGUGCACUUCUCUGAUAACUGGAAAGCAGCUGCUGCAUGCAUUCUACAUGUGCCAAAGGCAUGAUGUUCGUCUUCCGUUUGGCCCUGCGUCCCUGCAGUGAAUGCAACCAGGCCAGGUCCUCUGCUAUACAUUACUCAAUCAAGUCUCUCAUGGGAGGUCUGCGGCUUCUUUCGUAUUAAAGUGACAGGAUAAAAUUUUCUUCUGGCCUCUUCUGAUUUCACCAGAAAACUCAAGUCUUCAUAAAACAGGCAGUUUUAUACUGGACGCAGAACACUAAGAAAGCCUACUGAACAAAUCAAUAUUUUUUUUUUCAUAACUAGCACUUGGCCUUUUUAAUCAUUAGACGGUGCAAAACUCAUGCAAGGGUCUGUAUUACUUUAGUUGUUUGUACUAUGUGGAAUAACGAGAAGGGGAAGGGUGAACCAGGUAAUUAACACUUUGCCUAGACACAGCCCUAAAUAAUGAAUUUGUAUGAAGUCUUGCAUUACUCAGAUAGUCAAAACACUUAACACUGUCACCCGCAGAAGACUGUAAUGGUAUAAUGAUGGAAGAAAACUUCAGCUAUCCCUACAUUUAAGGGAAUGCCAAAAUGCUUAACAUUGUGAAUAGUUCUUUUCUACUUCCUUCCAUAAAGCAAGACAGGUUUUAGAUGUUUUCAUGUCUUAAAAUGCCUGCAAAAUUAGUUGUACUAGUAGCUGAGAGAAGAACUACAUCUUAGAGAUUUACUGCUUUAGUUAAUGGAAAUAUUGCUAAGCCUUCUAACUACGCUCUUACAUAGAGUAAAAUAAGGGAACACUUCUGCGAAGUGAAGGGAGGGGGACAAAAUCUCUUGCAAAAAGACAUUUCAGUAUCAUGGGCCUCAGCAAUAUUUCUUUUCAUGCUAGUUAUGAUUGCUAUGAUGUUUCAUAUCUGUGCUUUCACUAUAAACAGUUUACUGAGCUGAUAAGUUCGGUUUAUAAGAUGUCGUAUGUACAUGUUUUGACUAUUUGACCUUCCACGGAUAUUCACAUAAAAGAAAUUUUAGAGUCACAGCAAUCCUCAGGAAUGAGGAUUGCUAAAAUGUUUUUCAUCAGCCUGGCCAGAAAAGCUUUAAACACCUAUUCCUAUUAUUUUAUUGUAUGAACAAGUAUUUUGUUAAUGUAUCAGUUAUUCAAGUAUUGUAAUAAUCAGUUUAACCUUAAUUUUUGUCCUUUAGUCUUUGGACCCAGCAGAUCCUUCUCACACAAUUGUGGUGCAGGGACGGCCACAGCUGUGUAUUUGUUAGCCUCAAGAAUAUGCUGCUUUUAACUGAGUACUAGUGCUGCUAUGAAAAAGCUUUUAUUAUGUUCUCACCUGUCUGACAGUCCAUGACUUUCUUCUGAAGAACUAAAUACCCCAAUGUCAGUGAUCUAAAUGCCUAGUAAAAAAGUUAAGUACUUGUGCCCUAUGCAAAUGUUUUUCAGUUAUGUGUGGCAUCAAACAAAAAUGCUACAGUUCUGUAUACAAACCAGCAGAUUACAGGCAGCCUGAAAGUUUAGGUCAGAGAAUUAAAAGUAAUUGCCUACUAAUAAACUCCAUUCUAAAGUCUUGAACUUGAUUCCCUUCACUUGCAAGCUGGUGACUGUGAUGAAAUAAUUUAACAAGACAGUGCUCCCAUGUUGUCCCUGAAAAUAGCCUCUUGUGCCUAGUAUGUUUCUACAAUCAACAGAUUAAUAAAAUAAAUAUAGAAUAGCCCAAAUAAAUAUAGCUGUCUUAUGAACAAAAAAAGACAGAGCAGUGCGUCGUGCUUGGGAUUAGGAAGUUAUGGGUUUAUGGACUUCGCAUUGGGAAACCAUAGAUCAGGUACACCUUGUAAAUAAUUAUUUCAGAUUGGUAUGGCAGUAAUACACAUCACUUAUCCUCUUCCCUUUUCCACUGUUUUAAAAAUGACAGUUUCUACUUUCAGGAUGUGACACUAAUCCUCUUAAAAUUAAACAUGUGCCACAUACAAACUUGUAUAGUAUCAUAUGCUCUGUGGAUAUCCCACCAUACUGUUGUUGUUAUGGAUAUACUCUUUAAAAUUAGUACAUUGUAUGUUAGCUACUGUGACACCAGUGUUAAGUAUAACUACAUUUAGGACAAGUUCUACUUUCUGGAUGUGACACUAAUCCACUUAAAAUUAAAAAUACGUCACAUACUAACUAAUACAGUAUCAUAUGCUGUGUGGAUAUCCCCCCAUCCUGUUGUAGUUAUGUAUGUAUUCUUUAAAAUGAGUAUAUUGUGCAUUAGACACUGUGACACCAAUGAUGUGUCACUAUAUUUAGGGCAGUAAAAAGUGCAAGACCCAGACAAGCUAAAGUCUACAUUCACAGGACAGCGCCUGUCAAAAAAAGAUGAGCAGUUGUUUGCCUCCUUUGCUCAUAACAAACUGGGCAGGAAAGUCUCCAAGAUUUCUCCAUCUAUGUGACUGUUGGAUUGUAUUUCCUUUAUCUGCACUUUUCAUGUUAAAUCUUUGCCUGCCAAUUGUAAGGCUCAUUCCACAAGAGCAGUCUCUACAUCAACAGCCUUUUUCAGGGUGUUGUCCAGGGAUGAAAUCUGUCAAGCCACCACCUGGUCUUUAGUUUGUCAAGCGUUACAAAUUAGACCAUAUAUCCAGUCCUAGAGAUUUGGGGCUUCCAUCCUGUAGUGUCUCCUGUCUUAAGACCACUCAGGAUUUUAGUAGCUGGGGAUUCUGACCAAUAGGUCAGAUUGGAUGGACUGAAUGAAUAGGAUACAAAUGUUGUAACAAUAGCUCCUUUCAUUCCAGUCUAUCUGAUACAACAAUCCUCCCUCCUUCCCACUGCCAUUAAGUACUUCUAAAGGACAGUAUUGGUGUGCUUUGCAAUAGGCGUCAAACUUGGUCUGGUUAGUCAGGGGAGAGCAUGGCUGUAGCUAAAAAAUAUUUAAGAAGGGCUUGAGGUUGGAGCACAAAACUGGCCAAAAUGGAUCCGAGCUGGGGCUCAAAGACCCUUAGGUCAGAUUGGACAGAAUAAAUGAAUAGGAUUCUAUGUUAAAGUCACUCACUGAACCUUAACAUUCUGAUAAACGUUUUGGAGAUAUGUGUGCAUGACCUAUUGCAUAUGCCAUGUUCUCGUGCAGGAUGUUGGAAGCUGGAAACUUAUAGCUGAGUUAUGAGUGAGAUUUCCUAAGUAAUAAACUAAAAGGCACACGUGUUAAUUUGCGUUAAGCCUGCUGCUUCUCAAAAGUUUCACUAAAUGGUGGAUUGCAAAUCAGACAGAGCAAAAUAUAUCAUGCCCAGCUAUGUAAUGGCAGUACUUCCUUAUUGCUGCCUGUCAGAAAUCAGAAUGAUGAUUCCAUUUAAUGUUUAUUGCCAUGCCUCAGACUUGUUCUGUUGCCUUUAUUUUUUUUUCUCUUAUCUCAAAUUUCCCCAGACACUUUAUUUUUGUCCCAUUUCACGGUACCUGAGAUGUAUUUACCUGGUGACUAGAAAAGUUCUUCAUUCUUUCUACUAGCAAACGCAUUUUACUUUUAAAAAGGAUAGUUGAAUUCUCACCUGUAUAAUCACUAUCGGUAAUGUUAUUGGCUGUGAUUAGUAGACCUAAUUCACAUGUCAGUCCUAGAAAAUCUGCUUAUGCAAGUCUGUCAGCAAUCUUUAAGUUAUUAAAUAUUUAAUUUAUAGGCAAUGAAGACAAAGUGCUGCAGUGACUUUUUUAUGUGAAAAAGGAAACGUUUAGCACAUCAUUGCAGCCUCAUCACUGUCCUUAGCUGAACAUAUUACACUUCAUGAGGUGGGGGGGGGGAUAUCUGUUAUGCUUUGUGACCAUCACCUCCAGAAAUAACCAACUUGUCUAUACCAUUCUUAACUCAUCUGUCAAGUAAUGGAGUGAGCUUUGGAACCGAUGACCUCAAGGCAGGUUCCAAUACCUUCACCUCCAUUUCCCCAAGUUAAAAGUACAGUGUUGAUAUUGGAAGCUGUUUCUCCUUAUUUUCUCAGCAAAAUUACAGCUUGAAAUUGUGCACUGGCACACUGAAUAUAUUUGCAUGUCCAUGUAUCAUAAACAUGUGGCUGUGUCUGAAACUGUUAUGUCCUGCUGAAUUAAGACCAUCUGAAUGUUAAGCUAUUAAGACCAAUAUAGUAAAGCAAGAAACUCCAGAGAGCUUUACCAACAGUGGUAUGUAUCACUGUUCCCUACAUAUACACAUUAAUAUUGCCUCUUGGAGGUCCAUAGAAAUUUCCACACUAACUGUUGGCCUUAUCUAUAGUCCAUUAUAGAAAGCAGUGAGUGUUUCACGAGAAAAUUUAACAGAAUCCCUUAAGAAUUACUAGUACUGACAUUUUUUAUUUGCAUGAUGAUUUCCAAACUGGUUCCAGUCCCAAGCAAGAAAUAAUUGCCAUCAGAAUUAAGCAUGUAAAAGAAGGUUAAGAGAGCAGAAAGAAGACAGGAGUUCUAAGCACAGAUACAG